CAAUUGUCUCAAUCGCUCUAACAACUUCUCAACAUGCAGUUCGUCGUACUCGCCGCCUUGAUCGCUGUCGCCGCAGCCAAUUCCGACUAUCCCGGCUCAAGUUAUCCAGUUCCAUCUUACUAUAGGCCAUCGUAUUCACCUUCAACGUACGAGGUUAAGGAAUACCCCGCCCAGCCGUACUCUUUCAACUGGGCCGUCUACGAUGGUUACGGCAAUGACUACGCCCAUUCCGAGAGCAGCGACAGCAAAGUAACCACCGGCAGCUACCGCGUCCUCCUUCCCGAUGGUCGCGUUCAAAUCGUUACCUACAAGGCUGACAGCUACGGAUACACCGCUGAUGUGAAAUACGAAGGCGAGGCCAAAUACCCCGCUCCAUCCGCCUACUCCGGUCAAGCUUACUCCGCACCUGUAUACUCCUCUCAAGUUGUCACCGCUCCCGCUGCAUCAUCUCGUACUUACUCCGCACCAGUCAUUACCGCUCCUGCUGCUGUUGUUCUCAACUCUGCAUCUGUCACGGCUCAAGGUUCUAACUCCCGCACUUAUUCCGCGCCGGUCUUCACAUCCCCGACGUCCUCAUCUACUGUAUCCACCUCAUCUUCAAUCACUGCACCUGGUGCAGCUUCUCGUACUUACUCCGCACCAGUUUUUACUUCUCCCGUAAUCAUUUCCGGCGAUGUCACGGCUCCUGCUGGCACCUCUCGCACCUACUCCGCCCCGUCUUCCUCUUCUACCGUUUUCACUUCUCCAGUUAUCACCGCUCCUGCCGGCCCCGCUACGUCAAUCACCGCCUCCGAAGCCGGCCAAGUCUACGGGACUUCCGCUAACGCUGCCCGCGACUACUAAGUCCAAUCAAUUUUG